AUGGCGGCAACGCCGGGGAGGAUUCGAACGGCGAUCGAGAGGAUGGACGACGAGUACCUGAGAUCGGCUGUAGAUUAUAUUUCCAGGAAGAUGGUGGUGCUGAAGGCGUGA